AUGAGCUCUGUGGUCCAGCAACUUGAGACAGUUGCGGUCUCUGAUCCUGCCUACCAGAAUGGCGACCCCACAAAUCAGCAGCUUCCCCCCGCCCCCUCAAGCGGGCCUCCAGUCGAUCAACUAUGUAGCGCUGGUUCGACUCCCGCUGAGGAAAAGAACGACCCAGCUAGCUUCACCCCGCUCCCAUACAAUCCAGCCGCCCCAGCUGCCCCAGAGCCAAUCCAAUACCGCGAGAAGACCCCACCGCCAGAGGACGGGAUAAGCGGCACAGGCCUCGAAGCCGCAGUGGCAGCCGAUAAUGGCAUUCCAUAUACGCCCCCGCACCAAAUGAUGGGUGGUGCAGGAGUCGUGGGUGGAUAUGCAUCCCCGCCCCCCUCAACCCCGGUAUUGCAAUACGCAGGCCCUCCAGUUGCAGCGCCACCGGUAUUCGCCUCUCCUCCGCCUAGUGCGGGACUACAACAUUCAAACGCUUUUUCCACUGCUCAACCCUCGGUCCACAGCCCCGGAAGGCCUGCCCCUUCAUAUUCGCAGUCCUUCCUCGCUGGACAGGGGGGUCCGCAGUAUAACGCGAGCCGGCAAGGCCCAAUGACAUUUGCUCCGCCGCCGCAGGAUCCGAAUGCCUAUAUAUAUGAUCAGCAGGUCUAUGGGGCUUCCCAGCCCCCGGCCCAGUCGCCACCUCAGUAUCAGGCCGGGGUGACAGCACCAGUAGGUGGGUUCUCAAACUACCUGUAUGACCAGACCAGAUCGCAGAAGCAGCAGCAGCAGCAGCAACACCAGCGUGCUGGUUCUGAAUAUGAUAUCCAUAGCCAGCUGUAUAGACCCACUGAGAUGGAGGCUAGCUCUCGCUACCAGAAAUAUGCACAGAAGGCCAUGAAAAAUCCCGGACAGCGGCCGAGGAAAUUGGAGGACACAGCAGAGCGCUUGGAGGGUGGUGUGAACAGGUUCCUGAAGAAGCUUGAGAGGAGAUUCUGA